AGGAGGACUGUCGGUAACGUUGGUGGGUGUGACAGAUGAAGUUCACUGCGCCGCUUCGUGACGUGUAACUGAACUAAAGUUCACCGCUGUGCAGCUCCUGUCAGGCUGCGCAGACAUGUCGGUAACCAUCUAAUCUGACUGCUCUCAGAUCAGCUCUCGGCCCCCCCGCCACCUCCCGGCUGCAGCAGAGACACACGGACACAGAUCUGGGAGUCCUGUGAGUGGAGAAGAUGCUGCAGGAAUCAUCAGUAGACGGAAGUGGCUCCAGGUUUACUCCUCUGGUGGUGGCGGAGCUGGCCCCUGACACCAACCAGGAGACCAUUGCAUGGCUGCUGAGCAGGAUAAGAGACAGACAACAGAAUGGAGGUGCUGAGCUGCUGGUGGAGCAGAUGGGCCUCGGAGUGGCCGAGGAGAAAGAAAACCCCAACAUGUUCCUGAUCGGGGCUUUGGCAGAGCUGCUCGCUGGCGCUGAGGAAAUUGGACUCUUCAGGGAGUACAAAGAUGGAUCCAUGAGAGGCUUCACCUGCGCUAACAAACACAACUUCAAAGACUUUGAAGGGGACGGAGACAGCUUCCUCAGCAUGGCCGAGUGUCAGCACAUCAUCAAGCACGAGCUGGACACUUUAAGAGCCAAAGAUGAGACGCAUGUACCGGGACACGACUCGGCCAAGCUCUAUCCCGGGAAAUCUAUCGUCCGCAGACUGCAGUCCAAAGGGAUCCUGAUCCAAAUUUUCCCUCUCCAUGAGAAUGAGGAACUCAAGAGACUUUCGUUCUCCUGGUACAAAAGGGUGAAGUUGUCCCUGCAGCCGUUAGAUGAAAUCCGACACUACUACGGGGAGGGUCAGGCCCUCUACUUUGGCUUCCUGGAGUACUUCACCUUUGCCCUGAUGCCUAUGGCUCUCAUCGGAGUGCCUUACUACCUGUUCGACUGGGAGGACUACGAUAAAUAUGUCAUCUUUGCUGCAUUCAACUUGGUGUGGUGCACUGUUAUCCUGGAGUUUUGGAAGCGUUGCAGCGCCUCACUAGCCUACCGAUGGGGCACGCUGAGCAGGAAGAAGGCCUUUGAAGAGCCUCGGCCCGGUUUCCACGGCGUCCUAGGGUUCAACCCUGUGACGGGCCGCGAGGAGCCGGUCUACCCCAACGUCAAGAGGCAGCUGAGAGUCUACCUUGUGUCGGUGCCCUUCGUCCUGCUCUGCCUCUACGUGUCCCUCUACAUCAUGAUGAUCUACUUUCUGAUGGAGGGGUGGGCGCUGUCGGUCCACGCUGAGGAGCCCACAUUCUGGACCGAAGUUCUCUUGUACAUCCCCAGCAUCAUCUACGCCGUGGUCAUCGAGAUUCUGAACCUCAUCUACAGAUACGCUGCUGAGUUCCUCACCGAGUGGGAGAACCACAGGCUGGAGUCUUCAUAUCAGAAUCAUUUGGUCCUUAAAGUUUUAGUAUUCAACUUCUUCAACUGUUUCGCCUCGCUGUUCUACAUCGCCUUUGUCAUGCAUGACAUGGCGUUGCUCAGACAGAGUCUGGCCACUCUGUUGAUCACCAGUCAGAUCUUGAAUCAGUUCAUGGAGGCCUUUCUGCCCUACUGGCUCCAGAGGAGACGCAACAAGAAGAUGACCCGCAAAGUCCAGAAGAGAAAAACUCUGGACGAGAAACAGCUGCCUCUGAUCGAGCAGGUCCGACUGGAGGCCGACAUGAGCACAUACCUGGGCACAUUCGAUGAUUACUUGGAGCUGUUCCUGCUGUUUGGUUACGUCAGUCUGUUCUCCUGUGUCUACCCUCUGGCUGCCGUCCUGGUGGUGUUGAACAACAUCACAGAGGUUUACUCCGAUGCCUUCAAGAUGUGCUCUGUGUUCAAACGACCCUUCUCUGACCCAGCAGCAAAUAUAGGAGUCUGGCAGCUCGCCUUCGAGGCCAUGAGUGUGAUCGCUGUGGUCACCAACUGUUCGCUGAUCGGCAUGUCUCCACAAGUCAAGGCUUACUUCCAGGAUUCAGAUCAGCAGCUUAUAUUCUGGACAGUCGCUGUUGAGGUAAUACAUGCAUACACAAACACACUCUCAUGCAUGAGCCCAAUAGUUUCAUUCUGUACACAACACAGUGGAGUGAGCCUUUAUGUGGCACUCACCUGUCAGUGGUAGUUUUGGCUGUAUAUCAGUAAUACUUGACUGUUGCG